GAUUAGUGACUCAAAAGAUAUGACAUAAAGUAUGUCAGCAUGAAAAAUAUGUUCUUCGAGAAAUAAUAUGAGACUUUACAAAAACAUUUAUAGAAACGACAUCGCGUUAUCUUAUCUUUAAGUUGUUAUUGGGAUAUUAAUUGCAUAACAAUACGUUAUAAGUUUUGGUAUGUGAGUAAUGCGUGUAAUACUGAGACCGUUAGCUAUAUUUAGGCAGGCGGCGCAGACGAGUAGCGCUGUUCACUUGAAGAAUACGUUUACAACAGCAUUAGUUUGGAGAGCCAUGGAAGAUAAAGAGGCUUUAAAAAAGCGUUUAACACCACUGCAGUACCAUGUUACUCAAGAAGCUGGAACAGAGCGGCCCUUUACAGGUUGCUUUAAUAAAUUUUAUGAAGAAGGCCUAUAUGUGUGUGUAGUCUGUAAACAAGACCUAUUUACCUCUAAAACCAAAUUUGAUUCUGGUUGUGGAUGGCCUGCGUUCAAUGAUGUCCUAGCAAAAGAGAAAGUUACCCUUCAUCAGGAUACUAGUGCAGUUGGGGCGAAUAUAUUACUGGUUUUAACACGACCAGGUAUGGUGCGAACUGAGGUGCGAUGCUCCAAGUGUUCGGCUCAUCUGGGCCACGUAUUCAAUGAUGGGCCGGCGCCCACCAAGAAACGGUUUUGUAUUAAUUCAGCAGCACUGGACUUCAUACCAGCUGAGGACAGAAAGGAUUAGCGCAUGAUGUUUAAUUGUAUACCAAACAAAAUUUUAUAAAAAAAAAAACUAUAACGGUUAACAAUUAAUACAGCCA